AUGUCGCAUCUAUGUGCAGUGUUUUCCAAAGUGAUCCUCUUCUAUCAAUUGUUUGCGUACCAUUGGUUCUAUGCCAUUGCUGGUCGUCUAAACAAUAGAAAGAGUCGCUGCUUCACAAUACUUAACGUUAGCCUAACGGCGACCCUGUUCAGUUGGAUCUUUCAACACCAAUCGCUUGUGCUGUUUACCGAUGACAUCCAAGGGUACCUGAUAGAUCUGUUCAAGCUUCUGCUAAUUGCUUUCUCGUAUUACGGCAUACUGCUGGAAUGCUGGCUCGGUAGACACUGGAUCAUCCGAUUGUGGAACGAGUUCGACGAGAUGUACCAACUGAUUGCCAGCCCGCGGUGGUCGAGAUUGCCUCGCAAACAUUUCAUCACCGUUGCCAGCUUCAUGGUGUUCCUGUCCUUUUGGGAGUUCACCUAUGCGUACGGUGUCAACUCCAGUAGCCGGGCAACCAAUUUCACCGUCUGCUUCUGGUUUCUCUUUGCGCUGAUCCACCUGCGCCAACUACAGAUCCAACUCUACACCGACCUAUUAGGGUUUUGCUUGACGGAGAUGAACGACCAGUUACGGUGGAGCAUCGAGCUAAGCAAGGCAGCGACACGGUACGGUGGAGCGAGGACGGAUGGACAAAUCCAUGCCCAUAUCCGUCGGCUGAUGGAUGGUUUUGUGCGCUGCUACCGUUUGCUUGCUACAAUCAACCGUACCUUUGGCUGCUCGUUGAUCAUCAUAAAGAUCAUAACGCAUGUGUACCUGCUGACCGAUAGUUACUGGAUUGUCUUCGGGAUUAUGCGGCACGACCUGAUGCGAUCGAUUUACUUGCAGUGGUGCUUAUCGUCGAAGAUCAUCUGCCUGCUGCUAGGCGUACACUCGUGCGAGCGGAUUGUGCUCGAGUGCGCACGGAUGCGUCAGCUUCUGCACCAGAUCGAUUUGCGGUGGCAGCUACGGAACGAGCGAGGUUGGGAAGUGGUGCGUGCCUUUCUGCAGCUACUGGACUCCGCUGACCCGGUGUCGGUGAAUGCGAUUAAUCUAUUCAAAAUGGACUACAGCAUCGUGAUGGCAGUGAGUGUGGAGGGUUGA